AUGAAGGCAGCGAAAGAAGUUCUAGCACUAGAGCUCUUUGAUCCAGAGCUGGACAGUGCCAAGCUCACUACUAACAUUGAAAACCUCGCAACAUUCCUAAGCAAGCAACAAGCACCGUUUUCUCUUGAAACAUUAAGACCAACAAUGUCUUACCUCAUAGAAACAGAAGAUAUCAUGGCAACUCACGUUCCAGAGCAGCAGGUCGACUUAACAAGAGCAUUCCUUUACGCAUUCAAUUUAACAGCACCUAAUUUCCCAAUAUUUGAUGAAGAUUCGGGCCACUUACCAAGAUUAUACCAUUUAAUGGCUCAGGCUCUCCCACAGAUCGAAGAAAAGGACGCCGAAGAGAUCGAAAACCUUAUUACCAUCGCUAACGAAAUUAAUUUCUUCGUUCUUCCUCACGAAUCGACAUCUAUCUCAGAAAUUUUCGACGCAUUAUCCGAGUUAGAUUGCAAGGCUUCAUUGGUAUCCCUCAAACACCUUAUCAACGCUACAGAUAGAAUUCCUUUACAAGUUAUUCAAGAAAUUCUUGAACAUCUUUCUAAUGAGAAGGCAAAGGAUAUCAUCAAAACAAUCUCUACACAAAAGCAGAACGAAAUAUUGGCAAGUAUCCGUUCAAUUCUUUCAGGAGCUGAAGCAAUUGACGCAACAGCCAAAGUUUCAGAGAUUCUCGAAGUCCAACCCGAAGAAUUAUACGGUUCCCUUCGCGGUGAUGUCAUUUCUGAAGACAAAACAACACGUAGCGCUGCAGUUAAAUUAUUUACCAAAACAUUGUCACAUCAGAAGAUCACAAAGGCAACAGUAGAUUACUUCCUUGCCAUCAUUGGCCGCAAUCGUGAUGAAAUGGAGGAGAUUCGCUUACUCGUUAUUCAAUUCUGCUUCACAAUUUUACACAACAUCAAAGAUUUCAAAGUUCCAGAGUUCACACCAGAAUCCCUUAUUACAAAGAUCUGGGAUGCCAUCAAAAUGGCCAUCAAUGAUCCUUCUUCUAAGGUCAGAUUAGCAACUGUCAAAGGAAUUGCUAAAAUGAAGUUCAAUGAGAUCAAGAUGGACAUCAAAGAUGUUGCAACACGUGUCAGAGACAAUGAUCCAUCCGUUCGUUCAAAGACUUUGAAUUUAUUAUUGGAAUUAUACGCAAAGGAUCCAGAAGAAUACAAAUGGCUUGAAGAAUCCGUAUUACAAUUGUAUCCAUCCGACAAAACAGUUCCUUUAACAGCAUUUUCCGUUUUCAUUGAACAUAGAAAAUUAGAUCAGAUCCUUGAAGGCAUCGAAGAUAGAAGACCAUUAUUGUUAAUGCUCAAGCAUACGAAUAUCUUCAGAAGUUUGGCCCAAAGAUACAAAGACAAAGAGAUGAAAGAACAAAUCGAACAAUUUGUCCCAGUACAAGUCAUUAAGAAGGCCAUUAAGCACAGUCCCAAGUUCUUUGAGAGUGCCCUCGACUUCAAACAGAGAAAGCGCCUCUAUAAACAUCUUAAAUCAAAAUUAGAUAAUGAACAACAGGCAAUUUUACUUUUAGGAUACUACCAACCUAUGCCAGCCUUACCAAAUGAUAUUUUAGAAUGGGAGAACACGACAUUUGCCAAAGAAAUGGCAGAAAUCUUUUAUUCAGAUUUCGAAGAAUUAAUUCCAGACAUGACAAAGAGGAUGUCUCCAACAGACAUUGCCGUAUUCACCAAACUCGACAAGCUUGAUAUUCCUAGCCUCCCAGAUGUCCUUAAAGCACUUGCAAAGGCUACAAAUACAAGUGAAAGAUCCGAAGCUUUAGAAGCAUUUUCUGUUUUGUUCAAGAAAGGAAAUGAAAGUCUUCUGAGGCAAAUCAAGUUUUCCAAGGACGAGAAAUUGGAAAAACUCAAGUUCUAUGCUAGAAUUGGUGUUGCAAGACUUGUUCCUGAUGAUAUUGUUGACGAAAUCAAUGAAAACUAUGAAGAAUUCGACAGCGAAGAAGCUACAUGGGCUUUGAAGUUAUUCAGUUGUUUCGAUCCAGAAAAAUGCAUUUCUUUCCAUGAGAAAAUGUCAGAAAAAUUCCCUUCAGAGACAUUUGAUUCCUACAUGAAAUGCACGUCAAUCGAAAACACAGACAUGUACAAUGAAGCAACAAAGCCAGAGACAUUCAGAAAAUUCGCUUCAUUGAUGCAAUCAUUUGAACCAGAAGUCAGACAGCAUUGCAUUGAACAAUUGAAUUUGGCAAUGAAUAAUCCACAUACGCCAAUCCAAUUCCUUUCUUUGUUCGCGCUUUCCGCUACAGAUCCUGUCAAAGCAAAUGUGAAAAUGGCUGAAGAAUAUCUGAAGAAACAAAUCCAGUUCAGACGAGAUAUCAUGAAGAAAUACAAAAACGCGUCAUCACAAGUCAAACCGAUCACCGUUUUGCCAUAUCUUAUUCACAUUUUAGCACAUCAUCAGGACUUCGAGAAAGACGCUCCUAAAUUCCAAUCAUUUGCUUUGUACAUCAGAGCUUUCAUGAAACCUUUGACUGAAGGAACAUCGAAUUAUGAGUCAAUCAUGGAAGUUUUGAGACACAUGAAAUACGCAGAAGAUAUUGAUGAAGACUACACAGAAAACAUGAACAAACUUGUUGAUGUUUCUCUCAGUGUUAUUCUCGAUAUCGUUGGCGGAAAGAGUUGGUCACAAACACAGACACCGGGAGAAGUUUUGCUUCCUCAAAGAUACUUCAAACCAUGUGAAGAUAUCGAUAGAAUCAAAACAGAUCUUCUCAAAAUGAACUUCGAUAUUAUCAAGUCGCCUGCGAAACCAAGCAAAGUCUUGAAUGCUGGAAUGAGUCCUGCACGGACAACAAGAAUGAAACGUCGCGGAAAGGAUAUCAAAGAGAAGGAAAAUAAGGAAGAAUCAACAGAAGAAACAGAAAAACCAAAGAAGAAACGCGGAAGGAAGCCAAAGAAAGUUGAAGCUUCUUCUGAUUCUGAUAAAGAAGAAACAAAGACAACUUCUGAUUCAGAUUCAUCAUCAGAUUCAGAUUCAUCAGAUUCUGGAUCUUCUUCUAGUUCUUCAGAAUCAGAGAAAGAAGUUGCAAAGACACCAAAGCGAAAGGUAUCUAAUUCAACAAAGAAGACACCAACAAAGAAGAAACAAGAAAAGGAAACUCCGAAAUCACCAAAGAGAAAACCAUCUGCUUCUCCAAAACGCCAGAACAAGAAACAAGAAAGUGAUUCAGAAUCAGAGUCCGAAGAAGAGAAGCCAAAGAAGUCUCCAAAGAGAAAACCAUCUGCUUCUCCAAAACGCCAGAAUAAGAAGAAACAAGUAGAAUCAUCUGAUGAAAGUGAUUCAGAAAAAGAAGAUGAAAAACCAAAGAAAAGAAUGCCGAAAAAGAAGAAACAAGUAGAAUCUUCUGAUGAUGAGAAAUCAUCUGAUAAGGAAGAAGAGAAGCAUACAAAGAAGUCCACAACAAAGAGAGGACCUAAGAAUAAGAAAGAAGAAGAAGAAGAAGAAAAGAAAUCUACAUCAAGAAAAACAAAUAAAAACGAUGAAGAAAAAGAAUCUAAAGGAAAACAAAAGAAAUCUAAUAAGAAAAUAGAGGAAGAAAAGAAGAGUGAAUCCGAGGACGAAACUCCAAAGAAAUCACCAAAGAGAAAACCAUCUGCAUCACCCAAACGUAAUGCGAAGAAAUGA